CCCGCCCUUAUAAACACCACACUCCGCUUCGCUCCAAGUGUCACGCUCGUCUGCACGGGAAAUCAGACGGUCGAGUAGUGUUUUUCAUUGCCGUUUUUAAGCGUUCCCCAAAGGGACACAGUUUACGAAAGUCAGAUAAAAGAAAAAAACGAAAGCAAAUAUGGUCAAAUACGUCGGGUGUAGCGUAGCAGCGCCUGGUCUGUUGAGCAGAAGCCGGCUGUGAUAAUCCGAACAAACUGUACACACCGCGCUGCGAAGGAAAACACAGACAGCGCGACAAAGAGCAAAUUCACUGAAAAGUAAUUUAACUUUUUUUUUUUACACGUCAUUUAAGACCCUUUUUUGUAGCUUUGAAAUGGACCGUGGCGGUUGUCAGAUGAGCGGAGGAGGCGGCGGAGGUGGCGGAGGAAACGGAAUGAUCACGCUAGAGGACCUGGAGUCUUUCGCCGAGGAUCAACUCUCAGACUCGGGCAAUGGCAGCCUGGAGGAGGAGGGAGAAACCAUGGAGGCAGACGACACUUCAAACCGAAUGCUGCACUACUGGCAGGAAGUGGCGAGGGGUCACCAGGUGGAAGUUUCCCAAGAUAUGGCAGAACCCAUUCAACAGCUAAGCAGCAACAAUCAAGGACGCAGUCAAAGAGAGCAUGUCCCUUUUACACUCCUCAUGCGGAAGGAGAAGUGUGGGGAGGUGCUMUUUGAGAAACGGCACUAUGAAAAGGGCCACUGGGCUUGUAUAACGAUGCGCGAGGACACGUAUGAACAGAGCAUCUGCUAUGGUUUUAUGAAGAUAAUGAGAUACAUCUGUCAGCAGAAUUCCAUAAGUGACUACCUUGGCAUGACACUGCCCAUUUUGACAGUAGUGAGGACGGAUGAGAAUCACUCGGUGCUCUCCCGAGAUGUCACUGUGGCGUACUACCUCCCUCUUGAGCACCAGGACCAGCCCCCACAACCCUAUGAUAACGAGAUCAUCCUAGAGGUCUGGCCUGCCACUACUGUAUUCACAAGGGCUUUUACCGGUCCCACCAAUGAAGUGACGAUCAUUAAUCAGAUCAGUGCCAUGGCUGAGCUGCUGGACUCYCCAGGCGUAUGCGUCAACGACUCGUUCAUCGUGGCAGGCUACACCAACCCUGCCCACAACAACCGUCAGAAUGAGAUUUGGUUCCUGGAGCGCCGUUGACGUGACGCCGGCGUCCAUGCCUGCGAGCCUUUGAGCCUCAAACUCUUAACACUGCCCCCAGCUAGCUCAGCCACAACCUCAGGUGCAUCAUCAUCUUCAGUCAUCCCUAUCUGAAAUGACCACCAGCGUACCACACUCCAGAGCCYAUAUGUUUUGAUAAAAAAAUAAAACAACUAGACCUACCUGUUUUUUCCCCAAUUAGUUUAUCUCAUAGGAAACCUUACUGCCAUACUCUCUUGAACACAAACCAGAUGCUAUAGUGAAACACUGCAUUUACCUCCUGCUUUAAAACCUCUUUUUUUAAUUUUUGUAAAAAAAAAAUGAUAGUAUAAAUUGUUAGUGCUCUCUGACUGUGGUGGCCAGUGAGCGGUGGUAGCAACGUGCAACAUUCUGUCUAUUCACAAGAAAACAAGCUURGGUUGACACAGCCUUAUAUAUUUUCUCUUUUUUUUGGGUGCACAUCCGUAACGUGCAGCCACGUUAGUGACACGAUCACUCUGUUGCUUACUGAGCUCUGUCACUGAUGCUCCGUUCUUUCUUUAUGUAUGGAUUYGACUAGUAAAUACAGCUCAUACAGCUUAUUUUAUUUCAACAGUAAGUGCAAUAGUCCCAAAGCCRGUUUCUGGACCACUAGCCUAACUCGACCUAACUCUGAAGUGCAAUAGACAUCAUCCAGACCAGAACUAGUGGCCUCAAACAUGUUCAAACUCAACACAGAUGCUAACUUAGAGAUUGUGAACAUAGCCUGUUCAUGUUUGUGAUGAUGGAAACUUCAACAAACCAAACGCUGAGAACAAAUCUCACUGCUGAACGACAAUCAAAACCUACAAGAUUUUGUUUCUGUUUUCUGAAGUCAGUGAUACAAGGUAAUGCAUUCCUCUUGCUUCAACACUUGCUUAAACAUAAAUGAAAGUAUUCAUUGGUGUACUCUUUGGUUUCUACUUGCUAAGUUAGCYUCAGUAAGCACUGGUCAAUGUAUUGUGAACACGACUGCUGCUAAGUAGAACCAAUGCAACCACAACAAUGUAAGUGCACGGAGUAUCUACUGUGAUUAUACUUCUUUAAGUAAAGCGAAUAUCUAUUUUAGAUAAAGCUGUUUGUAAAGUUUUGUCACCAAUUGAAAAAUGCAAAGUUAACUGUAAAGUCAGAAUGUAACUGAAGGUGAUCUAGCUAAAUCAUCACUGUGCGAUGAAUUUAACUCAGGCAGCUGUUCAGGUGGACUGAUGUUAAAUGCUUUUAAAUGUGUGUAGUUGCAGAGCUAAGUUAAAAAUUUGACAAAAUUCUCCAAAAGCGUAUGAUAAAAUUGGCAGUUUCAGUGUUGGGUUGGACAGGUCAAAAAAAGUUGAAUUKAAAUUCAUGAAAUCUAAAUCCAAAGAAGUUUAUUUUGAUAUAAAUGUUAGAAGUAUUAAUCUGUGUCAACACUUGCAAAAGCCAURGUACACGUAGGCUGUAUUUUUCCUUUAAAAACUCUAAUUCUUUCUUUUUUUUUGACAGUGUACUGUAUUGUAAAAAUUCAAGUGCAACAUAUAAGCYCUACUGUGGUUUUCUUUGUUCAAUAAAGCGUGCUCGUGUUCUGUCUUG